GCAGAACGGUGAGCAGCUGCGACAGAAAUCAAAGCAGAGUAUUUCACAACUUUUGUUUGUUAUAGGGGAGAGUGGAUAUAAAUAAUGACGUAUCCUUAUUUAAAUUUCGCCGAAUGACUUGCUAACGUCAUUGUUUUUUCCCCCGUGUCGACUGUUGUUUACUUUUCAGACAUGGAUGCUGAGGGUCCCCAGGCACUGUGCGACCUCUGCUUGGCUCAGGUGUGCCGCAGUCUGAACGCUCUGUGCAGCAGGCGAGCAGAUGGCUCUCUGUGCCUCAUCAGGGCCCCACUCUUCCCACAGGAGAUGGCUGACCAACUACUGCAAAAGAUGGCAGCGCAAGGGAUAUUGAAUGACACAACUGUUGGGAUUUUCCGAAAUUGCAAAGAGCUCCGCCUUCGUCGAGCCUCCAUCCGCUGCUGUCCACUAUCUGCAGAAGCUUUCUCCCUGGCUCUUUGUCCUCACCGGCUCCAGGAACUUGAUGCCUCCUGGGUCUCCAGUGGCCUCACUGGGGCUAACAUCAUCUCAGGCCUGGCCUCCAACCCAGAGUGCAGAUCCAGCCUGCAGAGGUUGUCCCUGAAUGGGCUACACCUGGACUGGGGUACUCUGAAGGAGGAUGGAGGGAUCCGAGUUGGCUUCAGCUCUUUGCAGAGCCUGAGGACACUCAGCAUUGCAAAUACAGAGCUGACUGAUUCUGUCCUUGAGGAUAUCUGCACUCUCCCUCAGCUGGAGUCUCUGGAUAUCUCCUGCAGUCCCAUCUCCCACCUCACGGCCCUCCUUGAGUGCAAGAACACCCUUAGAUCUUUAACUGCCCACAGACUAUGGCGGCUGGAUAUGUCACCUGCCAGGUUACUCUUUGUCUUCAGGCAGCUUCAUGCUCUCAGGCAUCUGGACUUCUCAGAUGACCACUUUGCUGUGGAUGACAGUGAUGGGACAGAUGCGAAUGAGACAGUGCGACAGUUUCUUGAGGGAGGUCCCCAGAUCCUGCCUUCACUUGUUUCUCUGGAUAUCUCCGGGCGGAAGAAAGUCACUGAAGAGGCAGUGCGAGCAUUUGUGGAGGCCAGGAGUGGGCUAGUCUUCCUGGGCCUGUUAGCCACUGGGGUUAGCACCUGUGAAGUUCUUUCUUCGCAGAAAAACCUAAAACUAACUGGAGAGGCUAAUGAGAACCAGGUGUGUGAGGCCCUGAGAAGGUACAGAGAACGGGAAUGCUUCACACGAGAGGCCCUUGUCCAUCUCUACCGUCUAACCACAGACACUGACAAACCACGACCAGAUAUGCUAAAGCUGGUGCUGAGUGGGAUGUGGAGCCACCCCACCUCCCUGCACGUUCACCUGGUGGCCACAGCAUGUGUAUUCAACCUGACCACACAGGACCUGGCAGAGGCUCUCCCUGUCAGCCUACUCAGCCGCACUGUCACCCAGCUGCUGCAUGCCAUGAAGACCUUCCCCAACCACCAGCAGGUGCAGAAAAACUGUCUGCUGGCGCUCUGCAGUGAGUACAUCCUUCAGGAUGUCCCUUUUGACAAGUAUUUAGCAGCCACGCUGGUGAUUAACUUGCUGAGCAGCCACGAGAAUCCGACCCUUCAGAGGAUGGCUGUGGCUGUCAUAUCCAUUCUGGUAUCCAAGUUGUCCACAGAGGAGAGCACUCAGCUCAACAAGGACAUCUUUAUUAUGAAGCAGAAGGCCAUGGUGGGGGUGGCGGACUCCACUCUGAAGUUUGCCCUGAGUGCUCUAUGGAACCUGACGGAUGAGAUGCCUGCCGCCGCUUGCAACUUCAUCAAGUGCCAGGGCCUGGAGCUGUACGAGGAGGUUCUGGAGUCCUAUUACAAUGAGCCUUCAAUUCAGCAGAAAAUUCUUGGCCUUCUGAACAACAUAGCAGAGGUGGAGCAGCUGCAGGCUGACCUGAUGGAGGAGGGCCUGGUGGAGCACAUCCUCAGCCUCCUGCGGGACUCCCAGGUAGAUGUGGAGGUCCGUUACUUUGCUGGGGGGAUUCUAGCGCAGCUCGCCUCCAGGCCAGAAGCCUGGACCAUGGAUAAAGAGCUCCACUCUACCAUCGUGAAGCAGCUGCAUGCUUCUAUAAUGACAUGGAGCCAGCUGGAAAGAGAGAUGGUCUUUUACAGAUCAUUCCGUCCAUUUUGCCCUCUGCUCAAGACUUGUCAGCCCUCAGGAGUGCAGCUGUGGGCUGUCUGGGCUAUUCAUCUGGUCUGCAGUCAAAAUACAUCACAUCACAGCAGCAUGCUGGAGAAGGAAGGUGUGACCGAACUUCUGAAGACUUUGGUUGCACAUCCUGACACACACAGUGACAUUAAAGGAAUAUGUGACAGCAUCUUGCAUAUGGUAGAGCAACACCAGAGUCGCAUGGAGGCCUUUAACAACCAGACAGGGUCUCAAAACUCUUGACAAAAGUACAAAGAAAUUACAUUUAUUCGGCAAUCUUUGAGCUUUGUGCAUAAAAUGUGCUAGACGUGAGACUUCAGAUGCAGUAUUGAACAUGUACACACGUCAACCUCAGUAGAAUUCAUGUUUAAUAGAAAAAUUAUGUACUUUACUCUGUAUAUUUUAAUUGAACAGUAUUAUCACUGCUUGUGAAAAGUUAUUUCUGUCAUGUUCUACUUUUAAACUGCUGAUUUAGUUUGAAAUCCUUUGCAAACUAAAAACAAGUUUACAGAGAAUAGUGAAUUACAUGCUGUUAGAUUUAAAAAUAUCUGAGAUGACUGAGUUGAAGUGUUCCAAAUAAACAGGAAGCUUGUGUUUAGUCAAGCCUGAUUCCAAGAACCAGCCCUGUGAUAGGCUGGCGACCUGUCCAGAGCGUCAGCUGAGAUUGGCUCCAGCCCCCCAGCAAUCAGGAUAAGUGGUAUAGAUAAUGGAUGGAUGGAUUCCAAGAACCAUCAGUAGGGGGUGCUUUAGCACUGCAGCUUUGGGACUGGUUUGUCCUUAGAAUCUGUGUAAAAUAUUACAUUCAUUAUAUAGAUUCAUGAUACUAAAGCAGCCUGAAUCUGCUGCGUUCUUCUGUCUGCCCUGGUGGCCUCAUUACAAAGCAGUCACGCUUGGAAAUAAGUUCUCUUUCCUCUCCUGCUCUUGCUCCCUCUCUCCCUCUGGCAUCCUAGAUGCUGAAUUCAUUAUUUUAUGUAACACAGCUGGAAGACAGAACUGCGUGUAGGCAUCUAGAGAGUCUAUUCUAAGUUGGCCUAUUAAUAAUUCCUUUUGAAAAGUGGAUUAACAAGUUCACAUGAUAUUUGAGUUGUACUGCUAUGUUCAAGUCAAAUCCCUGUGAUUCACAUCUUGUAAAAUCCCCUGAAGGAAUUCAGAGGUAUCUACCAAACAUGAUGGCUCUGCAUGCCCGUGAUUCAGCCAGUUUAGUCAUUUCCUUGCUAAUAGUUAUAAGCACUGAUGCAGCAUUUAACAGAAGCUUCAGCCCCUAAACAUAAAAACUCACUGUGGCAAGCGCAUGGGUUCAAAGGUCAAGUGCUCUAUAGUGAACACGGUGGGAAGUUAAUCACGAGAACUGUGGGGGAAACGGCACCGCUUUCCAGAGGCUGCAGGUCAGUGUGUUGCAUGCAUGACUUUGCACUCCUGUCAGCCACACAUAGUCAGAGGUAACGUGAACAGAGGAACCUAAGGGUGGUGUGGAUUGUGUUAUUUAAGACUUUGGUUUCUGCUGGUGUCUCAAGGACCUCAAUCAAUAUUAACAUGACACAUGAGACAAACAGAACACCUGUAUCAGAUAGACAGAGGAGGAAAAACAAAUGAGAACAGAAUUAAACAUUUGGAAACACACUUACUGACUUUCUGGCAGUUACAGUGCAUGAGAAGAUCGAUACCAUCCUUACCUCCACAAUAUGAAGCUCCCACCAACAGCCAGUUAGCUUAGCUUAGCAAUGAAGCUCCAAACAAGAAAACAGCAAGCCAAGCUCUGCCCAAACGUAACUAAAUCUGUCUACCAGUAAACUUAAGUGUUAAACACAUGAAUCCACAGAAAAAACAGAGUAAAAACGUCAAGGUUUCUGAGCUACUUUGACAAAAUGAAAGUUGCAGAGAGCAUACAUGGAUUAGCAAAGGGGGCCUAGUUGGGGAAGUUUGGGGGACCUGGAGCAAAGCCUUUUGUGGAAUAUUAAGUUGUUUGAGUCACUAUAACUGAGGCAUCAGCACUGUUUUUUAUAAAGUACUUAAUAAGGAAUACAAGUGAAACUGAGGCACCAGCACUGUUUUAUAUAAAGUACUUAUAAGGGAUAUAAGUGAAACUGAGGCACCAGCUCUGUUUUAUAUAAAAGUACUUAUAAGGAAUAUAACCUUCACUAAGUUAGUGUGUGUUCACUCAAAUCAUUAACAGUGUGUGUGUUUCCUAAAUGACAAGAUGUGCUUUGGUCUAGGGAGUUGUACUUGAUACAGCUCCCAUACAAGGGAGUUAUCUUUGGGAAAGUAAUGAUCAAUUCCAGCUGCAUAAUGGAGGAAUGUGUAGGAAUGUGUAGGGGAGGGGGAGGAAUAGAAUAUAACACACAGUUUUGGUAAUUUCACUUCAGAUCAUCUGCUCUGCUGC